AUGGUUUCCAAUAAAUUUUUAUAUAUUUCUUAUAUUUUCAUCUUAUUGAUGAUACCAUUUUCAAAUUUUAGUCGUUUCGGAUUAAAAUUUUCAAAGUGUGCUGAUCCCAACUCAUCUGGUACCAAUCUUGUUGGCGUGAAAAUAUCCGACAUUAAAUUUAGUAGCAGAGAUAGGGAUAACAAUGGGUUUGUUAAAGGGUUCGUAAAGGUUCGCAUAUACGGUAAUCUUCACAAAUUUGCGUUUCAUUACAUUUAUAUCGGCAUUGGUAACCCCAAAGUUAAACAGAUGCUGAUCAUCGAUACCGGAUCACAACAGAUAAACGUAGCGUGUGGAAGGAGCCCCGGCUGUGGAAAACAUCUUUUAGAUAACUACAAUUACCAAAAUUCAUUAACUUACAAGCCUGUUGACUGCAAUAGUGAGUCAUGCAAAAUAAUGGAGGGUAGGUGUGAUUUACAAAAAUCUUGCAUUUUUAAGGAAACAUAUUCUGAAGGUAGCAGUGUUAAUGGUAUGUACGUGGGCGACUUGGUCAGUUUCGACAUUAAUGAAGAUUCCACUGACUUAUCUUCAUUUUUUGACUACAUUGGUUGUGUCACCACCGAGAGCAAGCUUAUUAAGAGCCAGAUUACAAACGGUAUUUUGGGUCUUUCCAGGAGUGAUAAAAGCACUUUGAUUGAUAACGAGUAUUACGAAUCUCAAAGUUUUAUUGAGAAAUACCUCACUGACCACUUCAGUCCAAGACACAAAAUAUUUUCUUUAUGCUUCGCUGAGGAUGGUGGGAUGUUAACAUUGGGUGGUUAUGACAAGGAAUUAGAUCUACUUGUUAAGAAACAAUCCAACUUGGUAUGGACACCUAUGAUGAAAUCUGAGUUUUACAUCUUAAGAGUUUUCAAAUUUAGUGUUGAUGAUGAUAUUUAUGAGGUUAAACACAAGAACUUUGUUCUCGACACCGGAACCACUAUGAGUACCUUUGAAAAGGACCUGUUUGACAAAAUAGAGAAGCCAAUUAAACAAGUUUGUUAUGAUAACAAAAAGUUUUCAAAAGCCAGGAAAACCAAUGUUGUGUGCAAAGUUGAUGAGAAAACUGGGAAAAUUUGCUUCAGUGAUCUUUCCAAACUGCCUAUAAUCACCAUCAAUUUUGAAAAGCGCACUUUAAAUGACUAUGCUUGGUGGUGUUUAGGCAUUGAGGAGAGCAAAACUCACGAGAACAUCCUUGGUGCUACUUUUUUCAAAAACAACCAUAUUGAAUUUCACAUGGCAACUGCCCCGAUAACAGGGACAUGGACAACUCGAAAAAGAAUUAAUCUUUUGGGAGUCAUAGAGAAUACAUUUAAUUUUUAA